AUGGACCCUACUGUCACCAAGGAGGAGGUCCUACUGAAGAUGUCACAACAAAAGAAAAGAAUCUCACCAAGGAACUAUAAAGAAAGAUUCUUUGAGUUGACCAGCGAUGCCUUAAACUACUAUGAUCUCGACAAGGGGAGAAAAGGAACCAGGAAAGGGAGUGUCCAGGUCAACAAAAUUACCUGUGUGGAGAUAGUCCAACUGGAGGAGCCCACCCCAGUGGAGAGACAGUAUCCCUUUCAGAUUGUAUAUGACAACAGCAUUCUGUACAUAUUUGCCAAAGAUGAAAACAGUCGCAGAAGCUGGAUAGGAGCCCUGAUUCAAGCAGUGAGAAACAACUCAAAGCUUGCAGCAAAGUACCACAGUGGUUUCUGGACAGAGGGGAAAUUUCUCUGCUGCAGACAGACUUCAAAGAAGGCCCCUGGGUGUACCUUGUGGAAUGCAACAAUGGGACAGUCUCCUUUUUCAUCACCAAUCUUCAAUAAAAGGCUUCCACCCAUUCCUGGCCAGGAGGGCAGGGACCUGCCUCCAAUCCCGGAGAGCGGGAGAAGCCCCCUGAAGCUGGUGGUGGCCAAGUAUGAUUACAACAGUGAGGGGCCCUGUGAGCUCAGCCUGAUGAAAGGAGGAAAGUACUGUGUUUUACAAGGAGAGGUGGAUGGCUGGUGGAAGGUUAGGGAUGCAAAAGGGUGGUAUGCUGGAAAUAUGUCACGGGUGAAAGCUGAACAGCUUUUACGAGAAAUGGGGAAAGAGGGAGCCUUUGUAGUGAGGGACUCCAGCCAGAAGGGGGCAUACACAGUGUCCCUGUUCAGCCAAGCACUUGACGAAGUAAAUGGGACGGUUCGUCAUUACCUCAUCAAUGUCACCGAAGACAGAAAGUACUAUCUCGCAGAGAAUCACCUAUUUGACUCCAUUCCCAAAAUGAUUGAAUAUCACCAGCACAAUGGAGCUGGGCUUUUGACAAGAUUACGCCACCCAGCUUUGACAGGUAACAGCAAGGCUCCCUCGUCAUCCUAUGGAGAAUGGGAGCUGGAUCGCGGGGAGGUGACCCUACUAAGGAAGUUGGGGAGCGGUCAGUUUGGAGUGGUGCAGCUGGCCCUGUGGAAAGGGCAAUAUGAGGUGGCCAUCAAAAUGAUCAAAGAGGGCUGCAUGUCAGCAGAUGAGUUCAUCGAGGAAGCCCAGAUAAUGAUGAAACUGCGGCACCCAAAGCUGGUGGCUCUGCAUGGCGUUUGUACAGACACAUAUCCCAUUUACAUUGUGACGGAGUACAUGAGCAAUGGCUGCCUCCUAGACUACUUGAAGACCUAUGGCAGGGAGAUGCAGCAGCCCCAUCUCCUGGACAUGUGUUUGGACGUGUGUGAUGCCAUGGUCUACUUGGAAAGCCAGCAGUUCAUCCACAGAGACUUAGCUGCAAGAAACUGCUUAGUGGACAAAGACCUCACAGUUAAAGUAUCAGAUUUUGGGAUGGCCAGGUAUGUAUUGGAUGACCAGUACACAAGCUCAGCGGGGACCAAGUUUCCAGUGAAGUGGUCAGCUCCCGAAGUACUGAACUACAGCCGGUUCAGCAGCAAGUCAGAUGUGUGGGCUUAUGGUGUAUUGAUGUGGGAGGUGUACACCCUGGGCAAGCAGCCAUAUGAGUUAUACGAUAAUUCCCAGGUGGCAGAGAAGAUUAUGCAAGGAUACAGGCUGUACAGACCACAGCAGGCCUGUGAGGAGCUGUUUCAGUUGACCAGGAGCUGCUGGCAUGAGAACCCUGAAGACAGACCUUCAUUUCAUCAGCUUUUUGAGAGCCUUAAAGCAUUUCAGGAGAAUGAGUAA